AUGUGAGCCUUACCCAUCUAAAUUCCAACCCCAACCACCAAAGGGGAAGAGACCCAGUUUGGAUUCCUUGGCAUCUCUAAGGAGACGCUUCAGGAUUAGAAAUGUGGAGGAGCCAGCCACAGCCCUGAAAGAAUUGUGGGAUUUUGCCCAAUCACCAGGAGCAGAGGUGCCUCCACAAACUCCUGAGCACCCUCAGCUCCCAGCAGGGCUGGCAGGAAUCUCGUCCUCCCUGGACGUGCCGCACACUCCCCUGGAAGCAGAGAAGGUUUCAGAUACAGAAAACAUCCUGGGGAUUGUUCAGGCUGAAAACAUCAAAAUCUCUGCAGAGGUCUGUGAUGUUUCUCUGAGCACCGACAUGCCUGAAGCUGUCAGAGUGAAUCACAUCGAGUUUGGGCACUGUCCUGUCGGAGAGUCCUGCUGGAGGGCCUUGACCAUCAGCAGCCACGCACAGACCAAGGUCAUGCGCUUUGAGUGGGAGGCAGACGCCCCAUUCUGCUUCUCCCCCAAGGUGGGACACCUCCAUCCUGGCUGUGCCAAGGACAUCACAGUGACCUUGAGAUCAGAUGUCCCAGCCACCUUCAGAAGGCACCUGGUGAAAUGUAAGGUGACCACAAUCAACUUGGAGCUGCCACAAAGGAAGGUUCAGGACUGGGAUGACCAAAUGACCAUCACCAUGUGGAAGAAUACCACUGGGAAAGACCCGGCAGCCAGGUGGCCCCAGAUAGAGAGGGUGGUCAAGGCAGUGCCAGAACCAGCUCACACUGUGCUGGAGGAGAGCAGCCAGGAGGUCGAGGUGUACCUCAGUGCCGUUGUUGCCCACGCCCAGUUCCAGCUGAGCACCACCAGGGUUCAGUUCAAGGACACCUUGCCCUUCCAGACAAGGACAGCCACUUUCAUGAUGCACAACACAGGGGAGGUAGCCCUGAAAUACUCCUGGGAGAAAGCUCAAGAGAGUGAACCAGUGAAGAAGCCAUUCCCAACCACUCUGAUGCGUCGGUUCCUCUCCUACAAUCCCGUGAAGCAACAGAAAAAGCUGCUGUGUCUUUUCUGGUCGGAGCAGGACCAUCCUGCUGAGAGGUCUCCUAAAGUGUGGCAGCAGCCGGAUUCUGGGAAGCAGCAGGAGGAGCAGAUUUCCAAGCAGCAGGAAGAGCAGGUUUUCCAGGAGGAGAAGCCUGAGCAGCCGGACUGCUCCAAGAAUCUGCGCUGCUCAAAACAAAAGAACCUCUCUCCAAAGCGUGCCAGCUCCUCCCUGGAAGCCUUCCCAGAUGAUUCCCAUGACCUGUUCUCCAUCAACCCCUACUGUGGCAGCAUCCCUCCUGGCUACAAGCAGACCUUUCAGCUGCAGUUCUCCCCAAAGCACAUGGGGAAGUUUAAGGCCACCCUGCUGUGCAGCUGGGAGCUGCAGAGGGUUUGUGUGGCCAAAGUGUACGACCUGGCAAUUGGUCCUGUUUAA